CGUCACUUUCACGCCAAAGUAGAGUGGUCCUCCGGAUAGCAGUCGCUUCAGAGCCCUCCAGCGAGUAACUGCGAAAAUGAGAGCGAUGACUGGUCUGGGAAGCCUGCUGCUACUUGCGGUGUUGGGGACGGCCUGUGCCCAAGACUUCACUGUGAAGGUUAACGUGACCGGCGUGGGAAUGCUCGGUGGCUCCUUAGCCUGGACCAAGCGCCAGAAUCGAACCAUCUACCAGUUCCUGGGCGUGCCCUACGCCAACGUCACCACCAGGUUCCAGGAGCCGUCGCAACCGGUGAACUGGACUGGAACGAGGAACGCCACAGCCUACGGCCCGGCCUGUGUACAGUUCUUCUCUUCCGGAAGCUCCAGCCUACGCCAUCCCGCAGCUGACGUCGACCCCGUGCUGGUAGCGGCGGCGGCGAUGGCGACUCCGCUCAGCCAGAGCGAAUACUGCCUCACCAUGGACAUCUACUCGCCGAAUAUGACGGCGAAGCUGCCGGUGCUGGUGUACGUGCACGGUGGGGCGUUCGUGGGCGGCUCCUCGCAGCAGGUGCAGCCCCACUUCCUGCUCGACCACGACAUCGUGCUGGUGGCGCCGCAGUACCGGCUCGGCCCGCUCGGUUUCCUGAGCCUGCAGACGGACGACGUUCCCGGCAACGCCGGCCUCAUGGACCAGCUGGCGGCGCUGCAGUGGGUCCACGACCACAUCAGCCAGUUCGGUGGCGACCCCGCCAAGGUGACGCUGGCCGGCGGCAGCGCCGGCGCCGCUUCAGCAGCGCUGCUGCAGCUCAGCCCACUCUCCAAACCGACCACUGGAGCGCUGUUUCAGCAAGUGUUCCUCGAAAGUGGUUCGGCGCUGGCUCCAUGGUCGGUGGAGGACGAUCCCCUGUCCAGAGCGGCAGUCAUAGCCAACUCCGUUAAAUGCACUAGCACCAACAAGACUCUUCUGGCGGAAUGCCUUCGAAACGCUACCAUCCCUGCACUCAUGAUAGGAUUCGUGCAGAGCGCGAUGGAGGACAUGUUGAGUGGUGGUACGGGCCUGGGAGGCGCUCUGCCCGUGGUGCAGACGAAUAUCACCAAAAAGGCAGUCCUGCAGAAGAAGCCGUUGGAUGCCAUCCGGGCUGCCGACUUCCGCGCCAUGCCCAUGCUUAUGGGCGUGGCCAAGCACGAGGGCAUCAUGCCACUGGCCUUACUGAGGAUCUACAAUGGAAUUGUGAAUAGUACAUACGGAGAGGACUUCUACCAAACGAAAACGGUGAACGACCUGGUGCGACGGGUUAUGAUGAUAGAGGAAAACCGAGUCGCCACCGACGCAGUUGCCGACAAGUACUUCAAACCCGGCACCCUGGACAGCCUGGACGCCAUGAGGCCAAGUCUGAUUGACUUGGCCGGAGCUGUUCACUUCAAAGGGCCUGCCCUCACGACAGUGGAGUUCAACUCUAAAACUGGAAACACGACCUAUUUAUAUUCCUUCAACCAUCAAGACAAGUACAACUACGAUGUGCCCUGCGUUGGUCCAUGA